AUGGCAUCAUCAACACCCUGGUUCCACCAUGGAGCAAUGGCUAAAGUUUUCAAGCUUGGUGAGGUUGUCACACUGCGCCGCCCACAGGAGUCUAAAUGGAAGGUAGACAAGAUUAUCAAUGAGCAUGAACAGCAAAUGGAGAAGGCUUACACCACCGAAAUGGCGGUAUCUUAUGCUUCGAUCAAAUUUGCCUGCCACAAAGUCACCGAUCCAAAGACCAUUGGGAUGAUGCGAAUUUACAUGCAGAUCCCCAGCUAUGAAACAGACCGAGAGAAAGCAGAGACGCGAGCAAAGGAAGCCAUGCCUGACUUCAUUCAUAAGGAGCUCAAAGCGUACAAGAUGCUUAGUGAACAUCCAAAUGCAACGAGGUUCACUCCUCGCCUUCUUGGUUGGAAGGAAACCAUACAGAAGGAGGAAGAUGAUUGGCCUGUCCCGGGCGGAUUCCUCACAGGCUUUGUCUGGGAGUUGGUCUCUGGCCAGCGUCUAUGGAACUACGAUGAAGAUAUGAAAUGGUUUCAUGAAGAGACAGACCUCCCAGAGCGAAACCUCAUCAGGAAGCAGUUUAAGGAAAGCUACAUAUAUUGGGUUGGAUUUGCAGACUGGAACCCUGCGACGCACGAGCCCUGGACCGAUGUGUGGUAUCAAAUUUUUCGACUUGUUCAGGUCCCUCGGGAUGACCAAACCCGUUUAUACGAAUGGGAUGGAAGAACUGAUAGGUGGUGCUGGUAG